AUGGAGGAUCAGCGCAGGCCGAGUCGCGCCGCGAGAUAUCCAGCCUCAGCCGACACCGAGGGCGGCGGGGCACUGGCUGCCGCUAGACGGGUCCAGCGCCAUCGGGGUCUUGGGAAAAGGCGAGCGCGCACCGAGGGAAAUCCGGCCUCUGCCGACGGUAGAGGCCGCCGGGCCUUUGCCGCCGCCGACGAGAACCCGGCCGUAGUCUCGGCCGGAAGCCAGCACUCGCCGCGAGCCAUCCAGUCCCGGCCGGCCAGCAGGGCCGAGGUUCCUGCCACAACUCCCGCCGCAGCCGGGCCGCUUCUCGACCGGAUCCGGCAGGGCGACGGGGCGGGCGACGGGGCAGGCGAGGGCGGCCAGCUCUGCCUGUUCAUCGGCGGGGAGGGUGGCACCGGCAAGUCGCGCGUCAUCGAGGCGCUCGUCGAGCUGCUCGCCCGGAGGGACCUAUCGAGCCGGCUGCUGGUUACGGCGACGUCGGGGACGGCGGCGGCGCGGAUCAACGGCAUCACGCUGCACUCGACGGUGCGGCUGCCGGGCCAGGGGGGGCGCUUCGUCGACGGCCGGUCGCGGAUGGACUGGCAGGAGAAGGAGGUGCUGGUGAUCGACGAGGUCAGCAUGCUCGGGGCGCGGACGCUGCACGCCGCCAACGAGCAGCUCUGCCGACUGCGGGGGUCGGCGCGAGACUUCGGCGGGAUCCCGGUGGUGAUCUUCUGCGGCGACUUCCACCAGUUCCGGCCGGUGCAGGAGCGGUCGAUCCUGCUGCCGAGCGCGGCGGUGGCGUGGGACGAGGACGGGGCGUUCGCGGCCGAGCAGCGGCGGCAGCACGACAAGGCGCACGCGUUAUGGCGGCGGUUCACGACCGUGGUCAUGCUGGACGAGCAGAUGCGGGCCGCCGGCGACCCGGAGCUGCGGCGGCUGCUCGGGCGGAUCCGCCGGGGCGAGCAGGACCGGUCGGACCUAGAGCUGCUCAACUCGAGGUGCCACCGGCCGGGCAGGCGGAUCCCGUGGGAGACGGGCCUGACGGUGGUCACGCCUCUCAACCGCAACCGCUGGAACCUCAACCUAGAGGCGGCGCUCGCGUUCCGGGCGCAGCGACGGACGGCGGCGCGCGUCUUCCUCUCCGAGCACAAGUGGAAGGGGGGCGUGCCGACGGAGGAGGAGGCGGCGCUAAUGCUAGGCUACGGCGACGACAGCGCGACGCCGGUGCCGGCCGUCUUCGGCUUCGUGCCGGGCAUGCCGGUCGUCGUGAACCAGAACACGCACCAGGGGCUGAAGCUGGUGAACGGGGCCGGGUAUACGGCGGUGGAGGUCAUCCCCGACCGGGCCUUCCCCGGCCACCGGGUGUCGGCGGAGCUGACGAUGCAAUUCGGGCCGCCGGCGGGCAUCGUGCUGGCCUCGGAGACGACCAAGGACUUCCACUUCGUCGGGAUGCCUGCCGGGACGAUCCUGCUGACGCCCAUCAGCGUCAAGAUCGACGCGCAGCGGAAGCGGCCGUGGCAGCGAAGCGACGUCAGUCGCAGGGGCCUGCCGUGCGCGGCGGCCUUCGCCUGCACCGACUACAAGGUGCAGGGCGGGACGCUGGAGCGUGUGGCGCUGGAGCUGAGGGGGGCGAGGACGACGACGGUCGAGGGGCGGGCGGUGCCGUCGCCGUGCGACCCGUACAGCCUAUACGUGCAGCUGUCUCGGUGCCCGACGCUCGACGGCAUCAUGCUCGUGUCGGAGGUGCGGGAGCGGGACCUGGUGGGGAACCGGGUGCCCGAGGAGAUGACGGCGGCCCAGGCCCGACUGGAGGAGCUGAGCGGGUGGACGGCGCGGGAGGCGGCCGGCUGGCUCCGCGGGUAA